AUUGUUGUUUUAUCCCUGUCUGAAGAUACCCAAAAAGAACAAAAAAAAACAAUGAUUUUACUUCUAUUAAUUGUCUUCAUUAUCCCAUCAGUACUAACUGCUCCUGUCAGAACUGAGUUGUGUUGUUGUGGAUGUAUAGAAGAACCAUGUCCACUUGUUGGACCCAGUUGUCCAGCUCCACGGGCUCCAUGCAAUGCAUCGGUUGAAACUGUAAAAUGUUCCGCACUUCAGCGACUUUUUGAAAUUUCUCAACAUAAAUUGUUUGCUGAUGAAGACGAUGAAGAAACAUCGACUUUUCAGCCAACUCCAAGUUUUGAUCAUCAGAAAACAAUGAAGCUUUUGCCAACAUUGAACGCGAAGGAAGUUCAAAGGAUGAAAAAUGAAAUAAUGGAAAUUAGCACAAAUAAAACAAGAAAAUCUGAAAUUCGGUUCAGUCCCCCAAUCGAAUCUGACAGAGUAAAUGGGUUACAUAGAAUCUCUCAUAUGAUGAAAGAAAUGGAAGGAAUGUUGAUGCUCAUGAGAGACGAAAUAUCCAUUCAAAUUGAAAAUUCAAGUCCAGUAAAGUUGUUGGAAGAAGCUGCAACGAGGACAGAGAUUGACUCUUCUUUGCACGCAUCUCCCAUGACAAGAGCGAUAAGGCACAAGAGAGCGGAGACAGAAAACUGCAAUGAUGAAAAAUUGAGAAAAUUGAUAAAAGAGAACAUCAGAAGGGAUGCAAAAAGUUCCAAAAGAGAGAUUCAAAAAGCUGCGAACAAGGAAUUCGGCGGACAUUUUAACGUAAUCUGUUCACCAUGCGAAUUUUCAUUCGUCGUUGCGUCUCAGAAAUAUUGUGACGGGUUUAAGGAUGACGUGGCAUGUUUCGCAUUCCUUCAGCCUCCAACCAAAUUGAAAUUAGACGAUGAAUAGUUUAAAUAGUUUAAAUCAAUUUGAUAAUUAUGUUUUCUAAUAAUUUAAUUAAUAAAUUUCUCAACGAGUAUUUCUCAUUUUCAAUACCAAUAAUGUUUUCCGUCGAAAUAAAAAUUUUCAUUAAA